CAUCACAUAUCUCCCAGCAAAGCUCCACCCAACUUUAACCUGACUGGAGGUUCAAUCAGCCAGGGCCAUUAAAAACACCUGCGUGAGCGUGCAGGCCCUUUAAUGAAAAUAUACCCUUUUGGCAGCCAUGACAGAGCCGGAGAAGCACAGUAUCGGGGGAGUGGAUUCGUUAUCAGCAGCUUUAAAUGGUCAAAGUGCAUCCUGUCCGUUGUGCUUUCCCUCAACUGGUGAACCUGCAUCCAUUCAAAAUAACGUUGAUACAAACUCUAAUAAGGUUGAAGGAAUGACAAAACAAAAAACUCAGUGGAAGAAGUUUUUAGAGGCAGUAAGUACUCUGCAAUGGGUACUCAGCUUUCUCUUCUUGGGACUGAGCUGUAGUAUCCUGAUGGUGUACCUUAUGUUUACCUCAUUGUGGCCGCUCUCCACUCUGUACUUCAUAUGGCUGGUGAUGGACUGGCAAACCCCUGAAAGAGGGGGCAGGAGAACAACAUUUGUGAGGAAGUGGAGGGUUUGGGAGCACCUCAGAGAUUUCUUCCCGAUCAAAUUGGUGAAGACAGCCGAGCUGAAUCCUAACAAGAACUACAUCCUAGGCUGUCAUCCACAUGGUAUCAUGAGUUUUGGUGGCUUUGCCUGCUUCAGCACUGAGAGCUGUGGCUUCACUAAGGUGUUUCCUGGGAUGCAAGCCACCCUGGUGGUAUUGGCAGGACUUUUCAGGCUACCUCUCCUUAGGGAGUACUUAAUGAGUGCAGGUAUCUGUCCAGUCAGCAAACCAAGCCUUGUCCACCUCCUUUCAAAAAAUGGCAAGGGGAAUGCAGUGGUGAUUGUGAUAGGGGGUGCUGCUGAGGCUCUGUACUCCUCUCCUGGAGUAAAUGCUGUAGUCAUGAAGAAGAGAAAGGGAUUUGUCAGGGUGGCCCUCGAGUUUGGGGCUGAUCUGGUGCCUGUUUACUCAUUUGGGGAGAAUGAACUCUUUCGGCAGGUGAUUUUCUCCGAAAGCAGUCUAGGUCGGAGGUUACAAGACCUGUUUAAAAAGAUUAUGGGUUUUGCCCCGUGUCUAUUUGUUGGAGAGCACUUGGCAUUCCUGCCCUACAGGACUCCAGUCACCACUGUUGUGGGAUGUCCAAUCUCGGUGCCAAAGCGUGUCACACCUACUGAGGAGGAGGUCGACCACUAUCAUAAACUGUACAUGGAGGCCCUGUCAAAGUUGUUCCAUGAACACAAAGUCAGCUGUGGACUUUCUGACAGUCACAAGCUUCGGAUCCUUUAGAAAUUCGACUUCCAAAUUAAUUAGCAGUUUUUAUUCGCUGCUUUUAAUGGGGCUCACCCUUGAUGGGAGUGUGGAUCUGAUCUGUUGAACUUUUUAAACAAUAGAUUGAUCAGGCAGGUUUUUGUUCAUGCUUCAUUCUGCAAGUUCCUACUGUAUUUGAAUUCAGGAAUGUAAGAUGGGAUGCCCUUCAUGUAAUGUUCAUAAAGCAGUGAAAAAGUC